AUGUCGGAUACUCAAUCUUCUUCCACCUCGACUUCGCACUCGGACGAAACAAUCACGCCCUAUCGAAACGCCCGCGCUCGCGGACAAUCGGAUGCAUCAGACGCAACCACCUGGCUAGAAGCUUCCGAGGCCACAACAGCGUGCAGCACCGUCACAGCGCCGCCAAAGCAAGCCGCCUUUGAGCUUAAGAGAAAGUCGUUGAAACGGCUUCCGAUUCCUGAAGCCUUCCGGCCUAUCCCGCAGAACGACGAGGAAAAGCUAGGCGUCGGCGUGUCACUCGGCUUUGGGGUCCAAGCGAACGAAGGUACCGACCAGGACAACGACUUUCCCCAGUCACCCGGCCAUUCGCCCCUCUCGCGCUUCGAGGUACGACCAAGUCAGCAUAGCCCUGUGGUGUUGCGCCGCUUUUCGCUGUCACUUCCGUCACUGGCACUACCCGCCAGAUUACGCAGGAAGCAGAGCAGAGUCCGUAGCUGCUCGGAUCCGUUUGAGCGUCGACAACUCCAUCCCUCGCCGCCGCCAGCCUCGACACCACUCGACGUCGAUCAGCAGCCAAUAGCGCCGCUUCAGAUCGUCGGACUUGUUGGCCACAAGCUCGAGCCCGAGGACUUGCUGUCUCCCAACGCUGUACUCGGCAGAAAGAGGAUCAAGCGAAAACCGAUCCCGGCCUCGCUCUUUUCCGACGCAGUCCAGACCUCGGACACCGUCAUCGCUGAUUUCGCACGCAGCUUCUCGUGUCCCGACGGACUCUCACUACCGCUCCUCUCAGCAGCCUCUACAGGAGCGGAAAUCGAAGUGGGCAACAAGCUCGGCCUCUUUUCCGAACAAGAGCCGCCGGAAGCACAACCUCGAACCUCAACCUCGACGUUCGAUCCCGAGCUUGCGACCGAGCAAGGAUCUAGGCUUGAGCUUGGAGUACGAUCAUCGCCUCGGGCAGGACGACUUCGACGAGUGACGCGCUCGGUGUCGGAAUCGCACGACCGAGCCAAAUCUCCUGUACGAAGCAACGGGACCAAGCUCAGAGCCAGCCUUGACGCGACAGCCGGAUUGGGCUUUGGACAAAGCAUCGAGCCUGAUUCGGCAGGCAGCUACAGCAGCGACACAGAGUACGCUCUCGGAGAGCGAUCCUGGAGCCCAAGUCCGCCAACACGGUGCAGUUCCGAGUUCACCGAACUCGACCACGGCGCAUCGCAGGUCUUAAGACGCGUCUCACGCACGAGGACGGGCGAGAUGCGAUCCGUGUAUCUUUCGUCACCGACACGCAACAGUCAACCCGGCUCGGAGCUGGCAGUCAUGCCCGCGGUAGUGCCCGACGAGGCGGAGGGGGUUGAGGUGCUCAAGACGCCCGAUCCUGCUUCGAGUGGCGCGUUCGGACAUGCCAUGACGUCGUCGCUCAUCUUGGCGCCUACGGGCCAGGCCGAGUGGAGGGGCAGCCUGGCGACGCGCGCGCGGUCGUCGUCUGAGACGUCCAUGGCAUCGCUGCUCGUGCUGCAGCAGCACAUCCAGCAGCGCAACCACCAGCGACAGUUCGCUCCGCCCAUUGCGGAUCCGCAUCCGCUGCCCGAGCUCGAGCGCUCGCGAUCGCGAGAGCCAUCCGUGGAAGAGCAACAGCAUGUCGUCGAUGCUCGCAGGAUACAGGCGAGGAUUCAACCCGAAGGCGUGGGUUCUGGGGAGCAGAAGUUGAUUCGCCAGUAUGGCGCGAUGCGCAUUCGCAACUGGACGGGCGAUUUCGCCGCAGACGAUCAGGAUGACCAGUGCCAGUUGGCCUAUAUGGUUGGCGACGAAGCAGUUCCCGCGGGCCGACAGGAUGCCAAGGAGGACAUGCGAUUGAGGCACAUGUUCUCGACACCCACACUGGUCUCGGCGAGCAUGAUGGAUAGCGAGGGCGAUGUAGGCUCGAGCGCCCUGCCGCUGCGCCAGCGACGUGCCAAGCCGCCGAUCAGCAUCGCUCUGCACCAGCAGACCACGGACGAGCACGCCAAGACAGGGUCGGUGGUGAAGAAGCGAGGCUCACGGAGCACAGUACUCUCGCCCUCCAUACAUUCGCCGCCUCCGUGUCCGCCCCCGACAACGCCGCUGCCACAGCUACCAACGCCGCGCUCUGCACCCAUUAUCGCGCUCGGGGGUCCGCGUCGCGGCCUGAUCACAAAGCGCUCCUUCACCCGCUCCAACUCGACGCCCGUGUCGCCCUUUGGCCCUGUGGCGCCACUGCGACCGUACCAGCAUGCACAGACGCAGAGCCAGGGCCAGAACAUCGUACCCGCCGAGACUGCCGCCCAGACGUGGAGCGAGUUCUCACCGCCACCCUCGAGCCUGCUCACUCCGCCGCUCACGGGUCUGCCCUCGCUCGUGUUCGACCACCAGCCAAACACGCCGGCUUCGGCUAGUGCCACCACCCCCGUCAAGCCAACGCCGCUGCCGAAUCGACACAAGUUCGACUCGCUCCUCGCAUUCCUCUCCUCGUCCGAGGCUCAGCACGCGACGAACGACUCGCCGUCGAAGGCUGGUACCGAGCACAGCGAACGGCGCUUGACAGCCUCACCGGGCUCCGCUGCCGUCGUGUAUGGACUCGCCCUGUAA